CAGUGGCAGCGGGGGAGGAGGCGGCGGCGGAGGAGGCGGCGGUGGAGGCGGCGGAAGUGGCAGCUCCUCGGACGUGUCCAGGGAUCACUGCAACAAGACGGUGGACAUCUUCGAGGACAUCAGCUCGCCGGAGGUCAGCAACCAGAACGUGGGUCGUCCGCUGACCUGCUGGUACCGCUUCCGGACGCUGAAGGGGGCGCCCCGCGACUUUGUGCUGCGCCUGCGGUUCAAGAAGUUCAAAGUGGGCCAGCUGCUGAAUGCGACCCACUGCGAGGGCGGCUACUUGCAGAUUGUUGAUGGCAAUGCCAAGACGGAUGUCUCGAAUCGCCGGGAGCCCGGAAUGUUCUGCGGGGAGGCGGAACAGCCACAGACAUUCAUCAGCGAGACCAGCUAUGUGAAGGUGCUCUUUCACACGGACAACUUUACGGAUCAGACCUACUUCACAUUCGAUUCACGCGCGGAACAGCAAACCGAAGUCUAUCUGCGAUAUGGCCAACAUCCGGAAUUAUAUCCAAAUCGUCGCGGCGAAGUUGUCCAAGGGUCCUACUGCGAACGGGAGUAUCGGGAUUGUCGCCUGCAAACCUGCUAUGUGCAAUCGCCCGCGUAUCCUGGCCUAUAUCCUCGGGCCCUGAAUUGCCGCUACAAGUUGCACACUCGCCAGCCAUAUAUCAAAUUGUAUCUGCAAAAUGAGCAGUUUGCCGUGGAUGGUCAAAGGUGUGAGAACGUGAUGACCUGCCCCAUCAGGCCGAUCGGAUCUGGUAAUGAGCACUGUCCCUACGACUGGUUGGCCGUCUACGAUGGACGUGAUGAGCACUCGCCGCUGAUUGGAAAGUUCUGCGGCCUGGGCAAGUUCCCAUUCAGCAUUAUUGGCACAUCACAAUACAUGUAUGUGGAGUUUGUGACUUCGCCGGCGGGUCCGCUGCUCAACACAGGCUUCCAUUUCAACGUUGGCAACUGGCCAGGUCAUGUGGAGACGGCCGGGAUCAAGCACGGCGUCUGCGACUGGCUACUGAGCUCCGACUCUUUAAAGGACAGCAGCGCCAGCGAGGGCAUCUUCCUCAGCAUCGCCCACUGGUAUCCGCCGAAUACGUCCUGCAGUUACCACAUCAAAGGACAUGUCGGCGAAAUUGUGCGCCUUUAUUUCCCCAGUUUCCGCAUCAAUCGAAUCGAAUCACCGAUUUUAAAGUACGAAGGCGACUGCGGAGAAUCCCUGACGAUCUACGAUUCCGACCAUGCCGAUCCGGCACGGAUUAUCAAGACCUUCUGCGACACAUUCUCGCGACCAAUGGAGAAGGUCGACUUUGUGAGCACCAGCCCCUCACUGUACGUGCAGUUCGACUCGAAAACAGGCAGCUAUAGCGGCAGCUCACUGUACUACUGGGCGCACUACGAUUUCUUCAACAAUACGCGAUUUGGCGACCCAGUGCCAAACACCCUAUGUGACGAGGUGAUGUAUGCCUGGAAGCAUCCAGGUGGACGUCUUCGAUCGCCCUUGAAUUCACUGAUUUUCAAGAGAACCGGCGGAAGCGAUGUGCGUUGUCAGUACAAAUUUGUGACCGAUCGAAGACUGUAUGCCAGAGCCAUAAUCGAAGUGAAUUCGGUUUCCUUCAAGGAACUUCCAUACAAUAGCAAUGCCUGCACUCGGUGUCAUGAGGAGCGAGUGGACAAACUGGUGAUCUGGGAGGAGCGGGAUAAGUACCAGAAUAACCUGGCCUGCUUUUGUGACAAUAUCCCCCGAGCGGUUCGAGUUAUAUCCUCGGCGGAUCAAAUGAAUCUCGAAAUGAUUGUGCAGGGCCAGCAUGCCAUUACCUCCUACUUCAAGAACCCCAAUCCUCUCUUUGAGGCCACCUAUGAGUUUGCCCAUGGUCCCUUGUGUGGUCCCAUUACUCUGGGACCCUCACCAGAUGGCGAACUGGUAUUCCCCUAUAAGAAGGCCUUGGCCAUGGUAUCGGGACCCAUGGCACCGCCAGAGCAUCACUAUCGCCGCGAGAAGUGCAUUUGGGAACUGAAAGUGGCCGCCCAGCGAGAUCUGUGGCUCAACUUGGAGAAGGCACGCUUUGCAGAUCGCAGCUGCGAGAGUGCCAAGAUCGAGGUCUAUUUGGCUGGUCGUCUGGAGCCCAGAUUUGUGGUUUGUCCCGAAAAUAUAUCCUUGGCCAGGGAUUUGCCCAUCCUUACCACAGCGGAGUUGGGAGCCACGGGUGCCGAUCAGGAACCCCUGCCCGUGCUUAUCCAGUAUACUGGUGAUGGCCAACCAGGCCGAAACAUUUUCCGACUAGUCUGGACGGAACUCUUCCACCUGCCGCGCAAUCCGGACGGCAGUCUGGCUGCCUCCCUUCUGCAGGAUGGCGGUUGUGAUUUCCGAUGUCCUGGCGACACUGAAGUCUGCAUUCCGAAGCACUUGCUAUGCAAUGGAAUAGCAAAUUGCCCAAAUGUGACGCAUACUUCGACGUUGUCGCAACUCACCCGACAUAUCGAGUGGAAUCUGGAGCAACUGGGAUUACUCCAUCAUGCUGGCGACUACCAGCAGUUGGUGCUGCAUGAUGAAUCUCCCGAGAUCUGCCUGAAACACGAUCUCAGUGAGCUGCCAUAUGGAAAGUUGUCCUUGAUAGCCCUCGGACUGUGCCUCAUGUUCGCACUGCUUUUUGCGAUUCUAAGAAGGAUGUGCAGAAGCUCGUCCUUACACCAAGGAAGGCAUCAUCUGCAGGAGGAUUACUGAGCACAUAAUUUACC